ACUCGGAUCGAUAAUAUUACGUUUCGUUAAAUUUGAUAAUAUUUUGUCCGAGUAAUAAAGUCUCUUUAUUCUCCAGCAGACUUUUGCUAAAGCGGACAUUUUCUGGAUCUAUGCCAGCCCUCGAACUAUGACUAAAAUCUCUGUUUUCCAAUCGAUAGGUAAUAUAUUAUUAGCAUUAGACUUCCCAACAUUUUUAAGUAUGCUAACUCCUACAACAACUUCAUAUACGUUCCAAAUAGAAUCUUCUCAGUAUUUCAGAAAUGCUUCUUUCUCGACAAAAAAAAACUCUUUCCAGGAAUCUGAAAAGGAUUCUCAUAAGAAUCGUUACCAAGUUCUUUUUUUUGUUGCCUAUGAAACUAGGAGAACCUUUCGCUUGUUUAGAGCAUGUUAGAGAAAGACAUUCUCGAAAGUUUUAUGAAGUUCUCUUCGAAGAAGAAGAAUUUGUUAUUCAUAGAUAACGACGAUAACGAUUCUUUUUCUCGUUCAUUGUAGUGAUUCCCAAUAUUCCAGCCAAUACCCGAUGGGCACAGAAAGGUGUGACUGUUGCUGGAGAUCACGGGAAAGGUGAUGCCACAAAUCAACUCGACUGGCCUCAAGGUCUCUUCGUUGACGGUGAUCAAACGCUUGUCAUCGCUGACUGCUUGAAUAAUCGUAUCAUCCAAUGGAAGAAGGAUGAUACGAAUGGACAAGUAGUAGCUGGUGACAAUGGCGCAGGAAGACGAUUGGAUCAAUUGUAUCAACCAACCGAUAUGCUGAUCGACAAAGAGACUGAUAGUCUCAUUAUCUGCGAUUCAGAGAAUCGACGAGUCGUACGAUGGUCUCGUCGCAGUGGCACAACUCAAGGAGAAAUCCGCAUCGACAACAUCGAUCCUUUUGGACUGACCAUAGAUGAUCAGAGAUAUCUCUACAUCUCUGACUACAAGAAACAUGAAGUAAGACGAUAUAAAAUAGGAGACAAGAAUGGAACUAUGGUGGCUGGUGGCAAUGGCAAAGGUGAUGGUCUCAAUCAACUCAACGUUCCGGGAUACAUCUUUGUCGAUCAACAACAGACUGUCUACGUGUCAGACAACGAGAAUAAUCGUGUGAUGAAAUGGAAUAAAGGUGCAAAAGAAGGAAUUGUCGUCGCUGGAGGUCAAAGCCAAGGGAGUGCUCUGACACAAUUGUCGUGUCCUGAAGGACUGUUCGUCGAUACGUUGGGUGCCAUCUAUGUGGCAGACUCGUUUAGUAAUCGAGUGAUGCGUUGGCCUAAAGGAGCGAAACAAGGCACUGUCAUUGUGGGUGGAAAUGGUGAAGGAAAACGAGCAAAUCAGUUCAACUGUCUCCGUGCCGAUGCCCGAUGGGCACAGAAUGGUGUGACCGUUGCUGGAGGUCACGAAUAUGGUAGUGCCACCAAUCAACUCUACUACCCUUAUGGUCUCUUCGUUGAUGAUGAUCAAACGAUUGUCAUCGCUGACUGGGAGAAUCAUCGUAUCAUCCAAUGGAAGAUGGGUGAUACGAAUGGACAAGUAGUAGCUGGUGGCAAUGGCGAAGGAGAACGAUUGGAUCAAUUGAAUCAUCCAACCGAUGUGUUAAUAGACAAAGAGACUGAUAGUCUCAUUAUCUGCGAUUAUGGGAAUGGACGAGUCGUGCGAUGGUCUCGUCGCAGUGGCACAACUCAAGGAGAAAUCCUCAUCGACAGUGUCGAUCCUUUUGGACUGGCCAUGGAUGAUCAGAGGUAUCUCUACAUCUCUGACUACGUGAAACAUGAAGUACGACGAUAUCAAAUAGGAGACAAGAAUGGAACUCUCGUAGCUGGUGGAAAUGGCGAAGGUGACGGUCUCAAUCAACUCAGCUGGCCGACCUACAUCUUUGUCGAUCAACAACAGACUGUCUACGUGUCAGACCACUACAAUCAUCGUGUGAUGAAAUGGAAUAAAGGUGCAAAAGAAGGAAUUGUCGUCGCUGGAGGCCAAGGCGGAGAGACCAAUGCCCGAUGGGCACAGAAUGGUGUGACCGUUGCUGGAGGUCACGAACGUGGCAAUGCCACCAAUCAACUCGCAGGGCCUCUAGGUCUCUUCGUUGAUGAUGAUCAAACGAUUGUCAUCGCUGACCACUGGAAUCAUCGUAUCAUCCAAUGGAAGAUGGGUGAUACGAAGGGACAAGUGGUAGCUGGUGACAAUGACGCAGGAAGACGAUUGGAUCAAUUGAAUCAUCCAACCGAUGUGCUGAUCGACAAAGAGACUGAUAGUCUCAUUAUUUGUGAUCGAUGGAAUAAACGAGUCGUACGAUGGUCUCGUCGCAGUGGCACAACUCAAGGAGAAAUCCUCAUCGACAAUGUCUCUCCUUGGGGAUUGACCAUGGAUGAUCAGAGAUAUCUCUACAUCUCUGACUACGAGGAACAUGAAGUAAGACGAUAUAAAAUAGGAGACACGAAUGGAACUCUCGUGGCUGGUGGCAAUGGCAAAGAUGAUGGUCUCAAUCAACUCAACUGGCUGAGAUACAUCUUUGUUGAUCAACAACAAACUGUCUACAUGUCAGACUGGAGCAAUCAUCGUGUGAUGAAAUGGAAUAAGGGUGCAAAACAAGGAAUUGUCGCUGGAGGUCAAGGCAAAGGGAAUGCUCUGACACAAUUGUCGUGUCCUAAUGGACUGUUCGUCGACACGUUGGGUACCAUCUAUGUGGCAGACUCGUGGAACGAUCGAGUGAUGCGUUGGCCUAAAGGAGCGAAACAAGGCACUGUCAUUGUGGGUGGGAAUGGCCAAGGAGCAGGUGAAAAUCAGUUCAACUAUCCUCGUGGUUUGUCCUUCGAUCGACAAGGCAAUAUCUAUGUCGUCGAUUGGCAUAAUAAUCGUGUUCAACGUUUUUCAAUCGAGUUAACUCAACACGAUGGAUUAUUUUUCUUUCCUUUCAAAUAA